AUGCACCACUUCCCAGUCAGCACUCACAGCUUUUUGGUGGAUGCCUGCUCUUUCCUCCUGGAGCGUGCUGGAACUGUGGGCCUCUUCAGAAAAUCGGGGUCUCUUCCACGUAUUAAGGCCCUCAGGGACAAGCUGAAUGGCGGGGAGGGUUGUCUGGCCACAGCUCUGCCCUACGACGUGGCCACUGUCGUCAAGCAGUUCUGCAGGGAGCUGCCGCAGCCGCUGUUCCCCACCGAGCUGCACGCGUCUCUGCUGGAGGCUCAGGCCCUGCCCGGCCUGCAGGACAGGACGUCUGCGCUGCAGCUGCUGUCCUGUCUGCUGCCUGCCAGGAACGCCUCCUGUCUGUGCUACCUGUUCGACUUCCUCAACAAAGUAUCUCAGAGAUCUGCAGAGAACUUGAUGACAAGCUCCAAUCUUGCCACGAUUUUUGCUCCCUGUCUUCUGCCUCCUCCAAACGAGACCGAAAUGUCAGAGACGCGCCUUGAGCUCAGAGUCCUCAUCUUACGCACCUUCAUCGACAACCCUUGUCUGUUUGGUGCGAUUCCCAAAACCGUGAAGGACAACAUGGAGUACCUGAAAGUGAAUUAUCCAGAAGGCUCUCAGUUCAUAAGAGGAAGCAGAAAGAGGCACACGUUCAAAGUAAAGACAGAGACCCGGACUCAUGGGAGGUCAAAGAUCAAGAGUCCUGAGCCGAAGCAAGCCCAGGACUCCACCUCAGGAGACAAACCCCCCCUGAGGAGAAGCCUGGGCCUGGAGACUUUCCCCAACGUCAAGCUGUUCAGGAUGUGUGCACACGAUGCAGGUGAAUGA